UGUUUUGACGUAUAUAUAGAAUCUAUCAUCACAUAUAUACUGUUUUAAUCUUCAUGGCUUAAUUAGUUAUAAUGCCACGAGACGAUGAAUAGUAUAAUCAUAUUACAUUAUUUAUAUAUUAAUCAUAACAAUUCUUGAUAGUACUGAUUCUCCUAUAUUCUUCUUCUUCACAAUUGUCCUCCUUCAUUUUGUGGUUCCUAAGUAUACACAUCAUUUAAAUUUUAGUCCAUUUUUUGUUGCCAAUAGUGCUACCCCACCUUCCCUUGCUCUUCUCCCGCUUAUAAAAGCAUGCACUCAUACUUCUUUGCUCAUCAACCCUGGACUUGAUUGAGUCUUCAUAUCUCUUCAUUACCUUUGUCACCCUUCUCAAUAUAUAAGCUUUUUCUUCUCUUCACCUGUUUUAUUUAGUUUCUUCUUCUUAUUCCAACUUCGAAACUGCUUUUGCUUCUGUAAAACUUACACUAGACCAUUUGCUGAUUUCAUUGCUGAAUCAUCAGUCCCUAUAAUUAACACCAAAUUUCAGUAAUAAUGGCAUCUAGUUCAAUAUCAUCUCGUGGCUCUUGGACUGUGAAACAGAACAAAGCUUUUGAGAAGGCUUUAGCUGUGUAUGACAAGGACACCCCUGACCGUUGGUACAAUGUUGCGAAGGCGGUCGGGGGUAAGACCCCGGAGGAAGUGAAAAGGCACUAUGAACUCCUUGUGGAAGAUGUCAAGCAUAUUGAGUCAGGCCAAGUCCCAUUCCCAAACUAUAGGACAACUGGAGGGAGUACCCAAGGCAGCACAAACGAAGAUGAAAAGAGGAUGAGAAACCUCAAGCUUCAGUGAAAGGACUCAACCCAAUCAGUCAGUCCCUCUUAAAUUAUCAACCAAAAAUUAAUAGAGAAUAUCCUAUUAAGCUUUCAUGUCUAAAAAUGUACCCUUAUUAUAUAUAUAUAUAUUACGGGCAUGUUAAGAAUUACCAUUAAUGGUGUUUCUUACUUUAUAUUCUAGUGAAUUUCAUUUCCUGUUGUAAGAAAUCUCUAAUGGAGACUAUAAUUUUAUAAGUCAAUUGUGGCUU